AUGGCUUCGGCGAGUAGUAUUGCUACAGCCAUUGCUAGCAAAACCAAGACUAAAAAGAAGCACUUCGUUGCCCAGAAAGUGAAGCUCUUCCGUUCCAGUGAUCCUCAACUCAGCGUGGUUAUGUGGGGAGUCAACCAUUCGAUAAAUGAGUUAAGCCAUGUUCAGAUUCCCAUCAUGCUCAUGCCAGAUGACUUCAAGGCGUAUUCCAAGAUAAAAGUGGACAACCAUCUAUUCAAUAAAGAAAACAUGCCUAGCCAUUUCAAGUUCAAGGAGUACUGCCCCCUGGUGUUUCGAAACCUCAGGGAGAGGUUUGGCAUUGAUGACCAAGAUUUCUUGAACUCUCUGACUCGUAGUGCGCCCUUGAAUAGUGAGGCCCAAGGACGGAGUGGGGCUCGUUUCCAUACAUCUUACGACAAGCGUUAUGUCAUCAAGACCAUCAGCAGUGAAGAUGUUGCGGAAAUGCACAACAUUCUAAAGAAAUACCAUCAGUUUAUCGUGGAAUGCCAUGGCAAUACACUGCUGCCCCAGUUUUUGGGGAUGUACCGGCUCACCGUGGACGGGGAUGCAACUUAUAUGAUUGUGACACGCAACGUCUUCUCGCACCGCCUUUCUGUCUUCAAAAAAUAUGAUCUCAAGGGUUCCACUGUUGCGCGAGAGGCCAGUGACAAGGAGAAGGCUAAGGAGCUGCCUACCUACAAGGACAACGACUUCAUCAAUGACGGCCAGAAGAUCUGCAUCAACGACGACAACAAGAAAAUGUUUUUGGAGAAGCUUCGGAAAGAUGUGGAGUUCCUGGCACAGCUAAAGCUCAUGGACUACAGUCUGUUGGUGGGGAUCCACGAUGUGGAACGUGCGGAGCAGGAAGAGGUGGAGAGCGAGGACAACGAGGCUGAGGAGGAAGGCGUCGAGAGCGACGGAGGGGCUGUCGGGACCCCUCCUGACAGUCCUAGCAACACCCUGGACAGCACUAAGCCUCUGUCGCCAGGAGAGUUUGACCCCACUAUUGACGUCUAUGCCAUCAAAAGCAGCGAAAAUGCUCCGAGAAAAGAAGUUUACUUUAUGGCCAUCAUUGACAUCCUGCAACAUUACGAUGCCAAGAAGAAAGCCGCCCAUGCCGCAAAGACAGUCAAACAUGGCGCAGGAGCUGAAAUUUCAACGGUGAAUCCCGAGCAGUACUCCAAGAGGUUUCAUGAUUUCAUCACCACUAUUCUGUCAUAG